AUGCUCGGCAUGCUCGGCAUUCAAGGCCAAAAGGCAACUCGAAUGCAGCACGUGCAGGACACCGCCGUCGCACAAGACAUUAAACUGCGCGCGUUGCCGAGAGACGGGGAAGAGGUGGGAGAGGGGGCUCCUCCGUACAAGGCAGAGAAUUACAAACAAGACACCUCCUCUAGACAGUCCAUGUGCUCUUCUGGGAAAUAUUGCUUUCGCAGCAAAUGCACAGCCUCCGACAUGCUGUGCUUCCUCAGCUGGCCGCAAUUCCCGGCCUCGGUCGGCGGCGCCAAUACCACCCGUCAUGACUCUGCCUCACAAUCUGCAAGUCUUGCGGUUGCAAGGCUCGAGGGCGAGCGAAACCGCGACGCCGAGAGAAGUGAAAACUGA